AUGACCCCUCCAGCCGAGAGCGGCAGCCGCAGCCGUGCUGAACCUUCACUCGCCGUUGCGAUCCCUCCUCAUGAGCCCGCAACGGGCAACGCACCGCUUGAGGUGCAGAUGUUGGACUUUUCUUUCAGCCCGCUUGGGCCUCGCGGCCUCCAAGACACGGACAUCGAUGCAGCAGGAGUUGUUGAAGAAGGGCAGCAGCAUCGGCACCCCAACACCAACCCGCCGCCUUCCGCGCUGAGCCUCAGGGAGUGCUCGCUGGGGGACCUUGGGGUUGCAGAGGUUGCUAGGUCCCCGUGGGUGCGUGGCAAAGCGGGAGUGAGGGCGUUGUCGCUACGGCAGAACCAGGUGACGGCUGCCGGGGUGCGGGCCCUGCUGGACUCCCUCCGCUCGGCGACCGACUCCGGCGACCGGCUGGCCUGCCUCGAGCUCGACUUCAACCCCAUCGGGGACGCGGGCGCGCAGCCCCUGCCCGCGUACCUGAAGGAGCGCGCGGCGAGGGGUGGCGGUGGGCUGGAGGAGCUGUCCCUGCGGUUCUGCGACAUUGGGCCGGCGGGGUACCUCUCCUCAGCGCUACUGAAGAGCGCUGCUGCAGCAAAGAUUGCCGCCAACGACGACGCCAACAGCCCCGCCAGCGAAGCUCCCACCACCGCUGGCAGCGGGGCCGGGCGGGAAGAGGAAGAGGAAGAGGCGGAGGCGGAGGGGGAGAAGAAAGGUGGUGCGGAGGUUGUCCUGCCUCCCCCGGUGGCUUCCGGGAUCAGGCGGCUCCUGUUGACGGGAAACGACCGCCUCGGCGACGCAGGGGCGAAGGCGUUGGCGUCGGCGCUGAAGAAGGACAACUCUCUCCAGGUUCUUGACCUCACGAGAUGCAAGAUUGGCGACGACGGCGCGCGAUGCCUCGCCAACGCGCUUCGGUCCAACUCGUGUCUUCGCGAGCUCAGGUUGGGUUACAACGACAUCUCCGCGGACGGCGCGUUGGCCCUCGCUUCCCUCCUGCAUGCUGGCUCUAGCGCCCUGGAGUGCUUGGAGCUGCAGGGAAAUCAUGUCGGUGAUGCCGGCGCCGUGGCCUUAGCGGACGGCCUUGUCGGGGGAAACAACCGCGGUGGUCGGAGGAGGGGCGGUGCGUCCAAGCAGGGCAUCAGCAGCAGGAGGGGGCCUGGCCUACGGUCGCUAAACCUCGCGGGGAACGGCAUCGGGUGCGCCGGCGGGGGUGCGCUUGCCAAGGCCUUGGUUGGCGGGAAGGGGGGAGGAGGAGAAGGAGGAGUCGUGCUGGAGGAGCUCGAGCUCGCGGGUAACGCGCUCACCCUCAGCGCGUCCCAAGCCGCCGCCCAAGCGAAGAGCUCCUCCCUCUACAAGUCGGCGGGCGGCGCGCUGUCCUCCCUGCUCACCACCUUCGUCGACGAGAGCUACUAUGGCGGCAACAGCAACAACCGCGGCAGUGUCCAGGACGCCUCGGCGUUAACCCCUCCGUCGCUAGGAAACCCCGCCGGUGGCGUGGCCGAGAGGCCGCUCAGGUGCGCGGUCGCGGAGCUCGGAGAAGCGCUAGCUGGACAGGGUGCCCGUGGGCGCGGCGGCGGCGGCGGCUUCGGUGGGAGCGGCGGCGGGUGCCCUUCCCUGAAGGCGGUGGGGCUGGCUAGGACGGGUUUGACCGAGAGGGACGCGGCGAGGCUCGCGGCGGCCCUGCGGGCUAGGCCCGUGGACAGCCCGUUGGAGGAAGUGGAGGUGGGAUUGAACGGGCUGAGCGUUAAGGCGGCCGAAGCCAUUCGAUUGGCGGUGGAGUCUCCGACCGCUCCUCACGACCGCAGCAGCAGCUUUGUCGACGACCUCGAAAAAAACGGGGGGCGGGGGCGGCAAAGGCCGCGGCGGCAACGGCAGCGGCGGCGACAUGAUCCGGCAGCACCCGGCGUCGACGAGCCGGGCCUGAGGUCGCGAAGGGGGACUGCGACAGCAGCACCGGCCGAAGAACGGUCUGCGAGGGGGGCGGAAGUCGGGGAGUACGUACCUCCGGGGGGGAGCGUGGAACUGGGACUGUUCGGGAAAAAGUUCGCUUCGUUUCAACAGGCUGGAGGCUCCGGGAGAGAGCUAGAUGUCGAAGUGUUCGGGAAGCGGGUCCGCUUCGAGCGGACGGGGGGCUCGCCGCCGUCCCCACGGCCUGGCUCGUCUCCGCCGCCUUCGAUGGCCACCGCCGAGCCUGACCCGUGGUCUGACGAUGAUGACGGAGGCGGCGGUGUCGAGGACGACUCUGAUCUUGGCGGGGUGUCCGCCGCCGCUACCGACGGCUCCUCCUCUUCUUGGUCCUCCGAGGAGGAGGAGAAUGAUGAUGACGAUGGUCGUGGGCACGAGGGGGGGCACGAUGAUAGUCGAGGGGGCAGGGGCCCCGCGGUUCUCGGCAGCGAUGACCCUGAGAACGCCAGCAUCAGCAGUGCUGCCGACGAUACGGAGGAUUGGGAUGAUGGUGGUGAAACGAGCGAUGGCGGCGACGACGAGGAACGCGGCCUUGACUCGAGCGCUGCCGGGAGGGGCAAGCCCGGCCUACGAAACCCGGCGUCGCGGAGAAAUUUCAACGUGCGCGGGGGUGGCGGCGGCGGCGGCGGGGGCGGCGAACCGCCGACAAAGAUACCAGGUCGACGGACCCGGUCAUCGCGGGACGCAGGAGGAGCAGACGACGGCGAGUGGGCUGCGGGGUUCGAAACGGUGUCAGCCGAAGAAACCGAGGCAGACCCCGAGAAUGGUGAGGAUGGCAGCGGGGCGGCAAAGGUUGAAUGGGAGGACGGUUUCCGCGAGUCGCGAACAGAACAAGGAGCGGAAGACAGCGAAGACGGCGAGUGGGCUGCGGGGUUCGAAGCGGUGUCCGAAGAAGCGGAGUCGGACUGCGAGAGCGCCAUGGGGGGCGGCGGAGCAGCAUCGGCCGAGGUUGAAUGGGAGGACGGUUUCCGCGAGUCGAGAACGGAACAAGGAGCGGAAGACAGCGACGACGGCGAGUGGGCUGCGGGGUUCGAAGCGGUGUCCGAAGAAGCGGAGUCGGACUGCGAGAGCGCCAUGGGGGGCGGCGGAGCAGCAUCGGCCGAGGUUGAAUGGGAGGACGGUUUCCGCGAGUCGAGAACAGAACAAGGAGCGGAAGACAGCGACGACGUCGAGUGGGCGGCAGGGUUUGAAUUGGCGUCAGCAAAAGAAGCUGAGUCGGACUGCGAGAGCGCGAUGGGUAGCGGCGGAGCGGAAUCGGCCGAGGUUGAAUGGAAGGCCGGUUUCCGCGAGUCGCGCAGGGAACAGGGAGCGGAAGACGGCGAGUGGGCGGCAGGGUUCGAACCGGUGUCAGAGGUAACUGGCCGAAACACUGCAGCUGACCGCGGCUCAGCACCAACCGAGAUUAUGGAAUGGAGCGCAGGCUUCGACGAUUGCGAGUUCAACGGAGGGUCGGGGCGCCGGGGGGAGUGA